UUUUCUUUUUUUGGGUCGGCACCGCUAACCAGCUAAUCAACUGAAUCAUCGCUGCUGGACAGACAGAUACAAGGGCAGCAAACAAACUAAACCGCUUCGACCGUCCCAAUCCACUUCACGGUCCCUGGCUCCCACCCAUACCCAGCAGCAGGCGCACGAACCGACCCGCGCACACCUCCAUAGACACUCCAUCCAUCCAUCAACCCAUCCACACACAUGGCAGCCGUCUACCUGCCUGGCUCGGUGCUUGUCUGUAUCUGCUGCGUCUGUCGUGUCUGAUGCAUCCUCUCCACCCCGACUGCUCUUUCUCCUCUUUCUCUCGCUUCUCCUCUCCGCUCGCUCGCUCGCUCUCCCUCUCUCACCUUCACACUCCCUCCCCGUCCAUUGCAUUUGCUGUCCUUGUUCUCCUGGUUUGCCUUUCCCUCCUUGCUCCCCCGGCCGCCCGUGUCUCCACACACUAGUCCCUUGGAGCAAGCAAACAACUUUGUAUACCGCUCACCCACGGCUCACGGCGCGCACGGUACACAUUGGAACACAACACCGCGCAAUCCUUCCACCACCACCUUCCCCUCCUCCUACAAUCCUCCGUCCUCCUCCACCGCCCGUCGCCUCCACCGUUCUACACACACCGCCGUCUGUACCACCGGCAUAUCGCGACACGCCUCCCGCUCCCGCUCCCCUCUGUCACCGUCGCACUGUCGCAAGUUUCCCCUGCAUCUCGUGCAGUUAGUCCUCGACACUUGCAUACUGCUCUCAACACAUCCACCCGCCCUUGGAGCUGGCUUGCAAUUCCUCCCCCCAAAUGCCUUGAUUGAGCUCCGUCAGGAAAAAAAAAAUCGUCCCACGAAAUUCCAGGCUUUCCCACCCAAGACUUUCCUUACUUGCCCGGUGCGCUUUUUUGGCCACCCCUCACUCGCCAUGGCCCCAGCGACAACCCCACAGAUUGACCCCUCCUCCCUACCUCUCGCCGAUUAUUUCUUCAUAUCCGGCAUCGAGUCCUCGCAAGUCUACGACGAACGCGCCCAACCCUCUGCCCUCUCUUCCCUUGUUUCUUCCCCGCCUGUCGAUGUCGAGACCAUUGAGGAGGACAGGGCGCUGGAAACAGACUCUAGUCGACCUCAGUCACAAGAGGGUCUGCCCAAUGGCGACGGCUCCAAACGCCGCUCAGAACAGUCUGGCUUCGAAAACCGUCUGUCUACAGGUACAAUUGUAGGCCCAGACUCCAAGCAAACCGCUAGCAACAGGAGUAGCGCCACCAUCAAGGGUCUUCAGAUCGGUGGUUCGGGACUGAGCGAUGCCGAUUUCGAAAAUGCUCUCCGCAAGUUCGCUUCAGAGAGGGAAAACUUCCUGGAAGAAAUAUCCUUCACAGCUGGCGUCGCACAGCAGAACCGUCCAACCCCAAAAUCGCGGCCACGACCCCAACGUGUUCAACAACAAGAAGAUGGCGGAAAUACUAGGUCUGGCGUGGGAAGUAUUCGACGGCGCAUCUCCACCAUGCAGAGUAGCUUGAAAAGGCAGUCGUCUAUGGCACGUCAAGGUGAGUCCUCACGCACGGCGGCGUCCGUUCGGACAUCCAAAAGAAUGUCAGGUUACAAUUCCGUUAUUCCUGUCCCACAACCUUUCAAUCCCGAACCAAACAUGCAUCCUCUCCUCCGGCGUUAUGAGCCCGUUUUGCUGGACCGCUACCCACCCAAAAAUAUGGUUGAGGAGCUCAAACGACGGAACCCUUUCCCUGAUUAUGUGCCCAUGUUUGCAUUUCCCAACGAUGUUAGCGUAAUAUCAUCCGAUGAACGACCCAAAACUCUGUGGCACGGCUUUGCCAUGACUACUAGCGAUAGCUCGAAACUCUACGGAAUUUGCAUGAUAGUAUGGAUGCCGCUGAACGCAACUGCGGCCGAAGGGUUGGAGCGGCAAUGUGAGGAAUGGAGGAGACUGCACAUGAACCCAGAAGAGCGCGAACUCGCCAGCAGUUUGGGAGAACGAUUGGCAGUAGAGCGAGCAAAACUAUCGAGCCUCUUGGCACAAUUACCGACUAUGAAGUCGGACUCGGAAGAGCGCGAGGAAUUGGAGGAACAGAUCAGUGCAGUCGAGGAAAAGAUUGGAUUGAUGACAGAUUUAUUGCGCCCCGUGAGGCAUGGUGCCGCCUCUAAAAUUGAAGGACUCACAGAUGGAGAAACCGGACUAUGGAUCCCGCGCGCAUACGGUGUCAUGGGUAGGGACGCGGGAUUAACGCCGUUUUGGAAAGAAUGGCUCAAAGCUGUUGUGACGCCUAUGGCCAAUGGCACCGUACUUCGCGUGCCACCCAGUUCCCCACGGGUUGGCAUGUGGCAGCCAUUGGAGCGUUACGUUGUCAAUCUUUGUGCGGAAGCCCUGAGUCCCAUCACGUCCAUCACCCAGGUCGAGAUUGCGGUCCGAGAGCUCCGCAUGUACGCUCGCAAGGAGGCUGUAAACGAAAUUCCAGGUUCUCGAAACAUCGACAUAUACGCCCUCUUCCGCUGCCUAUCCAUUCCAAACAUCGUAACCCUUUUUGAGUAUGUCCUGGCAGAAUCGAAAAUCAUUCUGUUGUCUUCUCAUCCCGCGAUGCUGCACCUGGCAAGUUUGGCCAUCACCAAUCUCCUCUAUCCUUUCAAAUGGGCCGGCGUUUUCAUUCCCAUACUACCCGCCCGCCUUAUCCAAACUAUCGAGGCGCCCUGCCCCUAUAUCGUGGGGAUAGAGCGCCGCUACGAACCGACCGAUUACCCCGACGACGACUAUGUUCUGGUAGACUUGGACAGUGACAGUGUGGGGUCCAACGGCCCCGCUCCGCCUCCACUGCCUCGCCAACAACGCCGCAAGCUCACAUCCUUGUUGCAACAUUCCGCCCCUCACCACACCAGGUACGGAGUGCCUACUGGACCCCCAGCGUAUGCCAUUGAAUCAUAUCCAUUUGAUGCUUUUUGCUCGGAAAACCCUGGCGUGUUUACCCAUCGCGCCAUUCCAUCGUCGAUUCAAACCUAUGUCGGCCUGAAUUCGACCUCAUUUGGAACGAUAUCUGGACCAAGCAGCUCACGUCCUUUGAUUUACAAUGCCUUUUUGCAAUCAGGUGCACAGAGCCGCGGAAACGACAGGCCGUCGACCUCAUCUACAAUGAAGACGGUGUCCAAUUCCCCACCUUCGCCGAAGAUAUCCCCGGUUUCCGGAGCCUUUCCACCUCUCCCGAGCACGCCAAUCUCCCGCAGCGAUUCCGGCUAUGCAUUACAAGCAAAUCUACGUGAAAAGAGAUCGGGUCAUUUUGAGACCUCAUCUAGACGAAGUUCAUCCUUUGGUUACGAACGCGUACCGCCUAUGCUGAGACGACCCAGCCAGGGCCUUUUGGGUCACUCAUCCCAAGGCUCAACAUCUUCUUUGAGCUACGAGCUCCGUGCGCCGUCUUCAUAUGCACCAUCGGUUUAUGCACAGUCUACCUUGGCGGCAUCGACAAUUAUGCCCGGUCUGUCAAUGCAGCCUGUGCGCAACACCGAAACUACACGUUGGCAGGAGGGCCACUGCAUGCAAUGGCGACCGCACGAAGAGAAAGCAACCUGUACGAUAUGUGAUGAAAAGUCGGAUGACGGACUUUACCGUUGCAGCAGCUGCGGCACUUUUGCACAUGGUAGGUGCGUAGACACCAUAUGCGUAGUCUGUCCAACUGCGUUCCGGCCUGAUCAGGUUCGGGCGUCAUUUGUCAGGUGCUUUGCCAGCCUGCUCUAUACAUACCGACGUUAUCUGGUUCCUGCAUCCAGCGACAGAAAAAAGUCGGGCUUGAUCUAUCAGUUCAAGAUGGACGAUUUUCUAAAGAGCAUGCCCCAUGAGAACAUGCAAUACAUGCAAAUGAUGCAACAAACUCAAGGCUUCAACGAGUUCAUUCACGAGCGAGAAAGCACCCGUUCGGACGACCCUUCGAUCAAGCUUUUCGACGAAAUCAUCCUUGCUAAGCGCAAUCGCGGUGGUUCAGGGUUCUUCCGCAAGCCGAGAACCAACUUUCUGGCCGAUACGACGGACCACCUCUGGCGCACUGCAUCAGCUACCCCGCCAAACUCGAGGUUUCCCGGGGACUACCGCUCGGUAGUUAGUCGCAUACCGGCGAAACUAGACCCGACUCUUAUGAAAGAGCCUAGAGUCAUACAGGGCGUCCCACGAAUGCCAGCAGGGAAAGCUCGACGCAAACCCAUUCCAUCUAUGCUGGGGCCCAAUGGCAUGGGCCCGAAACACCCAGUCACGCCUCCGUGA